AUGGCUAACUUUCACCUAUCAAAGCACAAUGGCCGUGUGCUGGCUGGGAGGAAUGUUUGGCCAAGGUGGCUGAACCUGUCCCACCUGGACAUGGAUCACCUGCUGCUGCUGCUGCUGCUGCUGCUGCUGCGGAGCUCAGGACUCCAGGGUGAAGGAGAACUCACCUCAUCAGAGUCUGUCAGGUUGGUUGGGGGAGCUAGUCGCUGUGCAGGAACACUGGAGGUGAUGAAACAUGAUGGAGACUGGAGACCAGUGAGGUACUCUGACUGGACCCUGGAGAUAGCAGCUGCUGCCUGCAGAGAGGUAGACUGUGGCUCUGCUAUUGCUGUAGUAUGGAGAGAAGGGUCCUCAUACAAAUCUGUGUGGUGGAUCUGGUCUGACUGUGUUGAGUCUGGAUCUGCUCUGAGAGAGUGUGCUGAAUCAGGUUUCUCUUCCUCCUUCCUUGAUCUCACCUGCUCAGACUCUGUCAGGCUGGUGAAUGGGACCAGUCUGUGCUCAGGCAGACUGGAGGUGAAGACCAACCAGACUACCCAGCGCUGGUCAUCAGUGUGUGAACAUGACUUUGACCAUCAGGAUGCAGAGGUAGUCUGUAGGGAGCUUGACUGUGGGGCUCCUUCAGUCCUCCAGGGGGCACUCUAUGGAGAAGUGGAGCCUCCAAUGAGGACCAAAGAGUUCCAGUGUGGAGGCCAUGAGUCUGCUCUCUUGGACUGUAGAAGCUCAGGCUCAGAUAGAAACAUCUGCUCACCUGGAAAAGCUGUUGGAAUCACCUGCUCAGAGUCUGUCAGGUUGGUGGGAGGAGCCAGUCGCUGUGAAGGAACACUGAAGGUGAAACAUAAAGGAGAAUGGAGACCGGUGAUUGGUUACUAUGACUUUUUUAACUCUGACUGCACCCUGAAGACAGCCGCUGCUGCCUGCAGAGCGUCAGACUGUGGCUCUGUUGUUUCUGUACUAGAAAGAAAAGAGUCCUCAAUCAGAUCUGUGUGGUGGAUCAGGUCUGACUGUGUUGAGUCUGGAUCUACUAUUAGGGAGUGUGCAGAAUCCGAUUCCUCUUCCUCCUUCCUUGUUCUCACCUGCUUAGACUCUGUCAGGCUGGUGAAUGGGACCAGUCUGUGCUCAGGCAGACUGGAGGUGAAGACUAACCAGUCUAACCAGCGCUGGUCCUCAGUGUGUGAACAUGACUUUGACCAACAGGAUGCAGAGGUGGCCUGCAGGGAGCUUGACUGUGGGGCUCCUUCAGUCCUCCAGGGGGCACUCUAUGGAGAAGUGGAGCCUCCAAUGAGGACCAAAGAGUUCCAGUGUGGAGGCCAUGAGUCUGCUCUCUUGGACUGUAGAAGCUCAGGCUCAGAUAGAAACAUCUGCUCACCUGGAAAAGCUGUUGGACUCACCUGCUCAGAGCCUGUCAGGUUGGUUGGGGGAGCCAGUCGCUGUGCAGGAACACUGGAUGUGAAACAUGACGGAGAAUGGAGAUCAGUGAUAGGCUAUAAUAUGAACUCUACCUGGACCCUGAAGGCAGCAGCUGCUGCCUGUAGAGCAUUGGACGGUGGCUCUGCUGUUUCUGUAGUUAAGAGAAAAGAGUCAUUAAACAGACCUGUGUGGUUGAUUGGGUCUGACUGUGUUGAGUCUGGAUCUGCGCUGAGGGAGUGUGCAGGAUCAAUCUUAUCUUCCUCCGUCUUCCUUAAUCUCACCUGUUCAGGUAAGCCUAUCAUUGAGGUGAAUGAAUGAA